GACGUCAUUACGUUUGCUCCGGAGCAGGAAGUGCCGGUGGUACUAUAAACAACGCAAAACAAUCCUCUAUUUCUGCUGCGCAGUAUCGCGCUUAAACGGACAAACAUGUUAUACUACAUACCGUAACCAAACAAACUAACGUUAACCACCGAACCACAGCCUAUGCUCAAUCCCAUGUCGGUCUAACGGCGGUGUCGAGACUGAUUUAACGGAGGCGAGAUGAAGGAGUCACUGGGCUGCUGCGGCAUGCGGAGUGCCGUCGGGUUCCUUACCCGUAGGGCGAUCCGUGGGGAGUCGCAGCUGAAGGGAGAGUUCCAGCGGCGGAGGAUGGCCGGCUGCUCCAGCCUCUACAAGAAGGACAUGCUCGGCCACUUCGGCUGCGUCAACGCCAUCGAGUUUUCCAACAAUGGAGGACAGUGGCUGGUGUCCGGUGGUGAUGACCGCAGAGUGUUACUUUGGCACAUGGAGAAAGCCAUACACUCACGAGCCAAACCAAUCAAGUUAAAGGGGGAGCACUUGUCCAACAUCUUCUGCCUGGCAUUUGACAGCACUAACAAACGUGUUUUCUCUGGAGGAAAUGAUGAGCAGGUGAUUCUGCAUGAUGUAGAACGUGGCGAGACGCUCAAUGUGUUCCUGCAUGAUGAUGCCGUCUACGGUCUGUCCGUUAGUCCUGUUAAUGAUAACGUCUUCGCCAGCUCCUCUGAUGAUGGCAGAGUUCUCAUAUGGGACACACGAGAGCCACCACAUGGAGAACCCUUCUGUUUGGCCAACUACCCCUCAGCAUUUCACAGUGUGAUGUUUAACCCCGUUGAACCCCGUCUGCUGGCCACCGCAAACUCUAAAGAGGGGGUGGGACUGUGGGACAUCCGCAAACCUCGCAGUUCUCUGUUGAGAUAUGGAGGGAGUUUGUCUCUUCAGAGUGCCAUGAGCGUGCGCUUUAACAGCAUGGGAACGCAGCUGCUGGCUCUGCGCAGACGUCUGCCUCCUGUCUUGUAUGAGCUGCACUCUCGUCUACCCAGCUUCCAGUUUGAUAACCAGGGCUACUUCAACUCCUGCACAAUGAAGAGCUGCUGCUUCGCCGGAGACAGGGAUCAGUACAUCCUUUCUGGCUCGGAUGAUUUUAACCUUUACAUGUGGAGAAUCCCCACUGACCCUGAAGCAGGAGGUGCGGGUCGAGUGGUGAACGGGGCCUUUAUGGUUUUGAAGGGUCAUCGGUCUAUUGUGAAUCAGGUUCGCUUUAAUCCACACACGUACAUGAUCUGCUCUUCCGGUGUGGAGAAGGUCAUUAAGGUAUGGAGUCCAUAUCAGCAGCCAGAUAGUAUUGGUGAUCUGGAUGGUUUGGUGGAGGAUAAGUCUCGCUCUCUCUACACCCAUGAGGAAUACAUAAACCUGGUCCUCAACAGCGGUAAUGGUUUAUCGCACGAUUACGUCAGCCAAUCAGUGCAGGAGGACCCCCGGAUGAUGGCAUUCUUUGACUCGCUGGUCCGACGUGAGAUCGAAGGCUGGAGCUCGGAUUCGGACAGCGAUUUGAGCGAGGGCGCUAUUCUGCAGCUGCGCGCCAGAGCUCGUCGUUCUGCGCGAUCCACACCACAAUCUACUGCUAAUGUAUUAGCUGCUCCUCAGAGUGACUCUGACCACUCCUCUUCAUCGUCAUUGGCUGGGCUGGAUGCGUCGGGAAGUGAGCGGACUGAUCAGGACAGGAGCCAAGCGGGACCUCGUGCAUCUGCAUUCCUGCUGGACAUGGUAAACGAGGACUCUGAUUCCAGUGGAUUCUGGUUAGACCCAAUGCCGCGUCCCAGAUCCCCGAGCCCGCGUGAGAACUCGAGUCUCUCUAGCCAUGCCUCAUCAGUGGGUGUGGUGUCUAGUUCUAGCUCCUCCCCCAGUUCUUCUAGCUCCUCCUCCAGCAGUGAUGGAAUUGAUGAGGAACUGCGUAGGAGCAGGAUGCGGCAACGCAAUGCUGCCAGGUGGAGGCGCCAUAUCAGCCUUGCUGACAGAGAUUCUGCCACCAGUCUACAUGCUGCUACAGAUCACAGUAACUACCCCAGUAUAUCCAUCCGUGAUGCGUCAUCGCCCUCCUCAUCCUCAGGUGAUGAAAGUAGACCGUUAAGGAAUCAUGGGAAAGAAAAGGCAAGUGGACACGUCUCAAGUCCCCAACGUUUAUCUGAAAGACAUGCACAAUCACAGUCCAGAUUUAGACGUCGCAUCACUUCGUCACAUCGCUCGGGCGGUGAUGCUCGUGUCGACAGAGCAAAAUCACGCGUUGGCUGGUGUGUAGAGUCUGGGGAGGAACUAGAGAGAGGGAGAACUAGUGGGGAAGAUUUAAGUGCAACACACAAUGCUGGGGAGGAAAGAAAUGUAACACUCAACAGUCACACCAAUGCAAGCACUAGUUUAAAUGGACAUUCACACACAGAUGUGGCGAGUGUGAGCCGUGCAGACUCGGUUCACCAAGAAUCCUCUAGGGGGGACUUGGGAGGCUCCAAGAGCCAGGUAGAUCCCUCUAGCAGGGAUUCAGCAAGUGUUGCUGCAAAACGGACUUGUUCGGACUCGGGAGACGAAGAGGGGUCUCCGUCGGAGAAAAAGGCUAAAACAUAGUGAUGUCACAUCACAAACUAACUCUACGCGUUUUGUUUUUUGAAUUUUAAACCUCUUCCCUCUUCCUUUCUUUCUGAUGUCAUGCAUUCUGGGGUCAUACCACAAUGAUGACACUAAAAAAAAAAAUGUUAGUGGUAUUACUAUGGUAUGGAAAAAUAAUACAUGCACUGCUUUUGGUUUCAUAAUAUUUUAGUUUCAUAGAACCUUUAACCUUACGUUGGGUUUUGGUUUGUUUUGGGACUGCGAAAAAAAAAAGUGAGCAUUUCUGUAAGAAUGCCUUUUGUGAGUCUGUUUCAGUGGGACUGUAGGGUAGGGGUGGAGCAAGAAACAGUGUUUCCAUGGUAACCUCAUUGAACAGCAGCUGUUUGAGUUGUGCAUUAAAGUUCUGUUCCAGUGUUUCCAUAGAAA